AUGGCGGCGCCUUCGGUGGCCGAUGGAGCAGCGCUGCGGGUGGCCGAACGCCGAAAGCGCGCUACCUACCCAAAGCUUUCAUACGGGCCGCAAAAGCUCGCCGUGCUGGGCUCGGAGGUAGGCGGUCGCUGGAAUGAGCAGGCGCGCCACUUCGUACGGGACCCCGCGCCUGCUCGCGGAGGCAGGCGGCUGCGUGACGUGCGUCAGAGAGGCAGCACAGUCUCGGUGGAGGACUGCAGUGCGCGAACCAAGCGAGCGGCUGCCAGCGGCGCCCGGGCUCGAAUGGUCGGCAAGCAGUCCGCCCAGGAGGAUCAGAAGCGGGAGCGGCGUCGACGGCCGAGCGCACCCCCAGGCCGCGCUGCGUGGGCUGAGGCAGGCCGCAGCGGCAGGCGGCUCUGGCCGGCGGGACCAGCGAGGUGGAGCAAGGUGUCGAGCGGCGGGCCGUCGCUGAAUUCGGACGUCGACGGGUGCAGCCAGGGGCCUCCCAAGGCCGUGCUGGCGACUGCCUGCUGCGCCGCCACGGACAAAAUGCCCCACCAGCGCCUCGCCCAGCUUGCGGUCGCUGCUGCGCGGAUGGCGUGGGGGGCCCGGUGGGCCAGGGCAGGAAGAACGCGCAGUUUGGGGAAUUCGUGCGAUGCUGGCAGCAUCGUGGUGCCCUCGCCAUUGACGGUGCCAUCACCACUCCUCCGCGUUUUGCUGUUACGACGGCUUCGCUUGCCGCUGCCAGUCGCGCCGCGCGCGUGUGCGUCUGCCAAGGAAGCCGGGGCGAGGGUCGCCCGCAACGUUCGCCUGGCUGACAUGAACAUCGAUGUCCCGGCCACGGAUGACCGCCGCAUCGAAGUCGUCGCGAACGGGCUGAAGCUGUUGAUGCCACCAUCGUCAGCCCCUUUGACCGGGUUCGCUGCCUAUCCACCCAUGGUGGUGUCCAGAGCCGCAGUGACUGAAGUGGUUGCAUUGCUGACAAAUUUGGAUGCUGAAGCAGCAUGUGAUGAUGCACAGAUCAGGAAUGCGUUAGUUCCUGGCAAGAACUUGUUGUUAGACGUCCUUGGGGGCAAAGCAUUAGGCUUGGAUGCAGAGGAAUGGUCUUCUGCGCUCUGGGAAUACUACAAGUCUUCUACUGGAGGCACCGCCUCUGGCCAGGUAUGCAAUGCGAUCAACGACGACGAAGACCUUUGGGACGAAGUGAUUCAGUCAACCUUGCCAGAGACUUCCGGUCAGGUUGUGAUGCAAACCGGCGUGUGGUGGACUUCCCGCCGUUUUUGUGCCAUGGCAUGGAUGGCGCUAGCAGUUGUGCUUUUCUGUUUCGCAGGAGGAGAAUGGUCCGCUCGAACGAAGGUGGCUUUCGGAGGCAGUGCAAGUGUCUGCCUUGUUUUGGCAGAUUUGUGGCGGCGCUUCGGCUGGGAGUAUGCAUGGAUAUGUACAGAUAAGCAGCUGGAGAUAACGUCACCUGCAGUGCCAGCUGCGGCCCAUCAAGCCAUGCGGGCGAGCGACGAUCCUGUUUCCGAAGCUUCUGCGUCAGCUGAUUUGAAGCUCGAGAACGAACGCUUGCGAAAAAUGGUGGAGGACUUGCGAGCGCAGGGGACGGAAUCAGGAAUCCCGCCACCUCCGCCGCCGGGCGCACCGCCGUUUCCUUCGAGCCACGCGGAACCUGUGUCACAGAACAACGCCGUGAUGACUGCUUUCCGUGCGCACAAGACAGCAACGUGGAUGGUCCGCUUUCGUUGUGCAGCCGUGCGGUUCACAGAAGAUGCCGUGCCUUCCUCAUUGCGGGGUCUGCGAGGCGAAAUCCUUGAACGCAUGACGGAUGGAACUGCUCGUGUGCGGUUGGAUGGUGGAGCAAUCGUUCAUUCAGUUCGCGAUGCAUUUCUUCUUCCAGACAUGCGCCAGGGACCGCAACCAGCUUCAUCCGAUCGACAACAUUACGUGAACCCCUUGUUGGACGACACGCAGUUGAAAGCACAGGCUUCCAAAGUGCAUAAUGCUUUGGAAUCAUGGUCAAAGCAGUCGUCCAGCGUGCCACAUUGGCCGCGACUGUUUUGGGAAGGCGUGGUGCAAAUGCAGAGCAACGAGCCACUUCAUCGAGAUUUGCUGCGUGUACUGCAAGCUCACGGUUAUGUGGGAGAUGCGACGAUAUCUGCGCCGCGGACGGAUGCUUUGUUGAAGCAGUUGAAAGAUCUUGGGACUCCCGCGCCGACUGCCGGGUCAGUACUGGCAUCGGGCGUGCGGUGUAUGCGGGACUACGUGAACCAGUUUUUCCCAAUCGAUGCUCGCGCGCACAGCAAUGAGUACCUUGAUUUAUUUACACAAGCAUCCACCAUCGAUUUCGCGUUGGCCAAAGCAGCUUCAGAUGACGAAAUUUUGGAAACCCUGGGAACCAAUGACCAGCUAGAGAUUUCACUCCGACGAAUUGCUGCGUACGUUCACAAGAAAAGAACUGGCGAUGCGGAUGCCGCAAUGCGCAUUCUGGCAGUGCAGCCCCCCGGGUCAGGCACUGACAUUGCCCCUCAUUGGCUUGUUACCGAGGCAUCGGCUUACAGUCAAGCCGAAUACAAGCGACGUGAAAGGGCAAGAGCUCAAAAGGGGCCUGGCGCGAAAGGGGCUGACAAAGGAGCUGGAAAAGGCAAGGGCCGGGGUGGCGCAAAAAGCCACCCGAAGGCUAAAGCAGACAAAGUCCCACAUGUUGACACCGUUGCCGGUCCCACCGUGUGGAAGAUUGCUGUCAAAAUGAUUGCAGUUGCGAAUGGCUUAGAUGAUGGCAAACCUCUUGCAGACCGCACGCCAUCGCUGGCCAAGACUCCUUCGAGUGAUCAACACAGGCCAGCGGUCAAGCAAGCAGUAGCUACGAUUCUCUCCGAGGCUGCUCGCUUUGCUAAGGCGCGCCGGUGCUUAGGCACGACAGGCGCCCACGGGGCUCCUCAAGAGCCCUUUUCGGCAGCAACGCAGCUGGUAAAAUUUGCACAAGCUGAUGGUGGGUAUGUCAGAAUGAAGAAGAACAGAGUCAAUCAAGUACCCAUCGUGGCCAAUUCGAUUGAUGAGCCCAAAACAAACCAUGUAGUUCCUAUGCUUCAAGCUCUGCCACCGCAAGAGGCUGAACAUUAUGCUUUGGAGACGAAUGUAGUUGACACCGCAGGAAAGUCCAGCAUCAUUUUUCGCGAGAUUUCGGAGCAGUACGGUUUCAUUGGAGGGUCCAUGGAAGAAUUUGUGUCGUAUUUCCAACGGCCAGACUUGCCUAAACAAAUGUGGCGCUGGGCGCCCUGGGCGAGCUGUCGCGCGGUAGCAGGUUUCACCGUUGUGCCGAAGAAGGACCCAUCCAAACUCCGAAAACUGCUGAUGUGCUGCCCCGCCAACUACAUGUUCGAAGAUCCGCGGUACAGAGCUGAAUUAGGCAUGGGAGGAGGCGGAGCAAUCACCAGGAUCCAUAUUCCUUCGGACAACUUGGCAUGCUCCGCAUGUGAUGAAAGUAAUGCUUUCACGUAUGUCCUCACACCGGAGUGGUUAUGGCCAUGGUUUUCUACUCCACCGAUUCGGGCAUUCCACGUGUGGGACUGCCUCCCAGACGAUUUUCGAUCCCAGAUUGAUGUAACAACUUUGGUUUCUGCGCAGUACAUGCGGCUUCCAAUGGGCUGUACUCAUUCGGUGCACAUUCUGAUGUUGAUCAAUCUGCGCUACAUUGGAAUCACUUUGCUUGCAUCACAACACUUGAAUGUGAACCGUGCAAACCGUCAACGGGCAGAGGGUUUGGCUCAUUUGCAUGCGGCUCCAACGCACGGCGAUGCUGAUGCCACGUGCCUUGCGACGGCAGCAGGCAGGGAUUCCGAAUGCUCGCCGGAAGAGUGGAUUGAGAUACUGCGGAGUGCACGAUCUUCCUCAUUCCGAGUGUUAGUAGUCUUGUUAUGCUUCAUGGGUGAUCGACGUCAUGGUGACAUCUGUGAUUGGCUGGAAACCAUGGCGCAAGCGCAAGGCCUCACUCUGCUGGUGAUCUCCGCCGAUGUGGCCAUUGACAGCAGGUGGGAUUUCACGAACCCAGCUCUUGUGCACAAGUUUCUUGUGGCGGCUCAUGAAGGUUUUUCCUUGCUCAUGCGGAUGAUCCAGGUGAGGCUCCGCAUCCAAGUUUGUUUGUCACCGCCGAAAUGCUGGAGUUUGAAGGUCGUGUUGGAGCGAUGCGAGCACAUCAUCAUCAAUGCGCUUUCGGAGGUGCGGACAUGGGCGGUCUAUCUUCAUGUGGAUGAUGCAGUGACCAUAUCAACAGGAACCAGUUCGGACAUUCAUGCCGAUCGUGUGAUGCAUUUUCUGGCAGAGGGGCUGGAAGAUGCAGGCUUUAUUGUGCCCGAGCGUGUGCAGGCCGCAGACGUCCAGAAGGUCGUGGGUUACCAGCCCGUAGCGAGGCCAGCUCGAUUCAAACUGCCAGAUCACAAAUGGGCGCUGCUCGCUGAUGCCUUGAAGGAGCUGGCAGUGCCAGUUUGGAUAGAUGUGGAGGUGUUGCGAGCUGUGCUUGGGGUGUGGGUGUUUGCUGCUUUGCUAAACAGAGAUUUGCUGAGCAUACCGCACGCAGUUUAUCGGAUGUUGGAUGCCCACCCAAAUGAGACUAUUCGGUGGUGGCCCAGUGCCAGGCGAGAAGUCCUGGCAAUGAGCUACGCAGCACCGUGGUUGUUCUAUGACGCCGGAGCGCCAUUAGCUACCACAAUUUUUGCUACCGAUGCAAUGGGAAACAGCGAAGUUGAUGCAGGCGGUUAUGGGAUCACAGUUCGUGAUGUUUCAAGGGCGGCAAUCGAACAAAUUUUAGAGUAUGGGGAAUCGCAGGGCCGUUCUGUGUCUCGCCUUUCUGGAGAUUUCACGGGUUUGAAGUUCCCCGAGCGGCCGAUUAAAGCCGCCAGGGUCAGCACCAAGACUUUAUCAACUUAUCAGCGACAUGCUGCAGUUUUUGUUCAAUGGUUGGAUGAAGCCCGGUAUUCACCUUCAAAACAAGAGGAGUUUGAUGAUUUGUUGGUGGAGUGGAAAGAGGCAUGCAGCAUUGGCAAAUCACGUUUUGUCACGACCAUGUGUGCUGUUGAGUUUUUCUUCCCUCGCUUCAAACCUCUAGUUUGGGCGCGUGCAGUCGCAGAAGGCUAUGAACGUGCACGUCCCAUCAAUCACAAAGUGCCUAUGUUGUCCGAACCUGCAAAACUGUGGGCGGCAUACUUGGUGAACAUGGGUUUUCCGCGAAUGGGCCUGGGAUUGAUUUUGCAACAAACGUGUGGCCUCCGGCCCUCCGAGCUGUUGGCAUUAACAUCCUCGUCUAUUUUGCUGCCUUACAGAGCAUCGGACAACACUGUCAUCAGACUCGGUACAGCUGUUGGAACCAAAGCAAAGCGAGAACAGUUUGCGCUAUUGUAUCCACAUAAACAUGCUGAAAUGAUCGAGCUGAUGAGACGCCUAGUCGCAUGCACAAGGCGUGGUGAGAAGCUAUUUCCCUACAGUUAUGCUUUUUACUUGCGAUGUUUCAAGCAGGUGGAGCGCGAUCUAGGGGUAGUGAUUGGGUACACUCCUCAUUCUCCUCGUGCCGGGUUCGCCAGCGAGCGGAUUGCUGCAGGCGAGGACCCUACAGUGGUACGGCGGGAGGGGCGUUGGGCGAGCGAGACUUCGUUCAAAGUAUACAUUGACCCAAUCACAGCAGCACAGGUUGGCACGGCCAUGCGAUUACAACAUUUAUCGGACGCGAUGGUGUAUGUCAGUGCUCACCUGCUCCUUUAUUUCCCUGUGCAUGCUUUGCUAGCUGAGGCGCAUGGAAACCGCUCCGGUGCCGAAGCGCGCCCCCGUGGCGAGCUCCGUGCACCCUACCAAUGGCCGACGACUUGGCAGGAAGCGGAGUCUGACUCCAGGGCCGGCGGUAUCUCCUGCGACAAAACCGAGGUGGAGCGCGGCAGUUCUCAGGCCCCCGAGCCCCGAGCCAUCAGGCGCCGUAGUGCCGCUUCGCGAUGGUUAAAGUGGCCCCGUUUGCCUCGAAUGUUUUGGGGCCGAAUGACAAGUUUCUUGGCCCUGAUGUUUCUGUUUGGCAACCAUGGCGCAAUACACCAUCUCGUCAACAUUCUGGGCUCUGCAGCUUUGGUUUCAGAGGCAGUGGGCCAAGCGGCGGCCACUGUUGUAUCCAAAGGGACGGAGCUAACGACAGUGUUGUCCUCAGCGGCCGUCGGCGUGACCACUACUACAUUGACUGCUGCGGAGGCUGCGUGGCGGGGUGUGGAUCUCAUUGAUGUCCAUGCCCAUCGAGUGCAUGGGCGAGUGGCAGCCGCCCGCCAUGAGACACUGGCAGGUUGGCUGGUCUCGCCCGAGGGGCGAGCUGCUACGCGUUUGAACCGCUCGGCAAUGCUGCAGCAGUGGCACCAAAAUGUAUUCCACAUCAGCGCUGACAUGCCUUUUCUGACUUUGCACGACUACGAGGUGCGUCUGAACGGCAGUUUCGCAAGUUAUCAGACUAACCUUUUGCUGCAUUCAUCGGGCAUGCUCGUCAUGGAGUUUGAAACGUUCACGGUUGAUUUCGUGCCUCAAUGGGCCAAUCCAGUGUGGGAACUUAUGGCCAUGAACUUGGAAGCAGAGCAUGACCAAAUUCUGGAAACUUUGCAUCAAGUUCUUGCGCACAUUCCGGCCGUGAAUGUCUCCUGGGAUCUUUUCCCCGAAAAAGCCGCUCCUUUGAGUACCUGGCAUCGCUGGUGGACGACUUGCAAUUCUUUCGUGCUGCAGCAUUGGCCGAUUGCUUGGUACUUUUUCCACAAGUUUUGUGACCUUCGGGGAUAUGGGUGUUUCGGGUUCAUGGUCAUGGUCCUUUCAUUUGCAGCGUGGAUGUUUCGAAGCGCUUUUACACGAGCUGCUUGA